AUGCUUUGGUUAAAGAACUUACUCCAAUUACCAUUUUUGUUGCCUUUGGAAGAUACUGGAAUCGACCAUUCAUCAAUUAGGGAUUUAAAUUGGGGGGAUAUCAAUUUUCUUCACACAACAGAUACUCAUGGAUGGUUAUCGGGCCAUUUCAACCAAAAACAAUAUGACGCCAAUUGGGGAGACUUCAUCUCUUUCACCAGUCAGAUGAAAUCCAAAGCCCAUUCUCAAGGUCAAGACUUGAUUGUGGUCGAUACUGGUGAUAGACAUGAUGGGAAUGGAUUAAGUGAUGCUACUGUGCCAAACGGAAACAAAUCGUUACCUAUAUUUGCCAAACAAGAUUAUGAUAUUUUAACUAUAGGAAAUCAUGAAUUAUAUGAAUGGGAGAAUAGUAAGACUGAAUAUGAGUUCAUUGCUUCCCAUUACGGGGAAAAUUAUGUCUGUACCAACGUUGAAAUCUUAGAUAAUGAUGAAUGGAAGACUAUUGGUAAUAAGUAUAGGUACUUUGAAACUCCAAUCAAUGGGUUUAGAAUCUUAUCUUUUGGUUUCUUAUUCAACUUCAAUAGAAACAAUCAGAACACAAAGGUCACUGCCAUCGAAGAAGUGUUGAAAACUGAUUGGUUUAAAGAUAUCAUGGAUAAAUUCCCGGAGAAAGAUCUUGAUUACGUAGUCAUCAUCGGACAUAUCCCUAUAACCCAUCAAUGGAAAGAGCUCCAGGUUUUACAUAAGUUCUUAAGAUCAUAUUAUCCAAACAUUGUCAUUCAAUACUUUGGUGGGCAUAGUCAUAUUAGAGAUUUUGUGGUUUAUGAUGAUAAUUCCACAUCUUUGGAAAGUGGAAGAUUUUGUGAAACUGUUGGUUGGUUAAGUAUCGAUAACAAAAUUGAAGGUGUGAGGAAGUUCAGUAGAAAAUACAUCGACUUCAAUAUGAACUCCUUCAAAUAUCAUUCCAAGAAAUUCGGAGAUUUCCAAACUAAGCAAGGUAAUGAAGUCAAACAAAUGAUAGAGAAGGCAAGACAAGACUUGAAUUUGAAUGAAUAUAUUGGUCAUGUUGGUAAUAAUUACUAUAUGGACUAUGUGCCUAUUGAUGAUAAACACAGUAUAUUUAAAUUAUUACUGGAAAAAAUCUUACCUAGUUUGGAAUACCCUAAAGAUAGUAAUGAAGAAAGGAUGUUCAUCAUCAACACUGGAUCAGUAAGAUAUGAUCUUUAUAAAGGUAACUAUACUGUCGAUACCAAAUACAUCAUCUCUCCAUUCAAAAAUGAUUGGGUUAAAAUAUCAUUACCAAAAUCCUUAGCCAUCAAGGUAUCUGCUUACUUGAACAAAGGAGGAUAUCUCAACUUAUUACCAGCCCAUCAAUGGGCUCAAGUGAUGAAUCCUGAAAAGUUCAUAACUACAUCCGGCCAUCACCCUGGAUUCACAACUGCAUCUAAAAAUCAACCAUAUCCAAUCAAAAGGUUAACCAAGGGAUAUGUUACUCAUGAUGAUUUUGGUACUGAUGGUGACGAUACAUUGCACUAUCCUACCAUUAACUUCCCAAUACCUAAUGUGGUUGACUCCAAACAAUUCAAACACUUGGAAGAAUCAACUGUAGAUUUGGUAUUCUACAAUUUCCUCAAAUGGAAUGUCAUCGAAGCCUUGAUCGAUUUAGAUAAUAAGGAUUAUAGUCAAGCAGUAGAAUUCUAUUCCGAUGUGUAUUUGAGUGAGAUGAUUACUAAUUAUAUAAAAGAAUUUGGGGUUUGA